CUACGCGCUUUCGCAUGAUCGGCCCUAUCGCCUGAUACCAAUUUUAGCCCCCCUCGCCCAUGGUCGUUGCCCUUUUCCGCGCCCCAAAGUUCGUAUGACUAGGUACGGGGGAAUGGGGAGGACGCGCCCGAAAAAGCUCACCUCCAAGGCCUCCAUCCCCAUAGUCCGGGAGCACGACAUAGAUCUUAUCGACGAUGAAAUCCAAAAUGCCCUACAACAGAUCGAGACCGGCGUGGAAAAGGCUGAGGAAUCGGAAUUCCAUCUCCAGGUCGCCAUAAACGCGGCUGCGCAGGGAAAAGUAAAAGAUGCCCAUAUUCCGACGCCGGAGACGGUCCUCAGUAACCUGCGCUAUGAUGAGCUCUACCCGCCUAUCUUCUCGCAACCUGCGACCUACAUUCGCUUCUCUGCUACGGUAGAGGACUGUUGCGGAGCCCCGUAUUGCAUGGACGAGGAAGAUGAUGUCUUCCUCAAGAUCUUCAACCAAAAACGCGAUGCGGGUAGUCGGUGCACCGAAGACCAGUUCGAAGAGGUUAUGAGCUUCUUCGAGCUCACGUCGCGAAAGGAGCAGCCCUAUGCCUUUGUAGAUAACUCGCCCCUCAUGAGCUUCGAAGAGUUUCAACAAGCGAUGGACCCAGCUGUAGAGGAGAGUGUAAAGCGGUUCGCCAAGGACAUCUAUGAAUACUGGAAGUCCAGGAGGACCAGCAACGGCAACGAGCCCCUACUACCUACACCGAAGGUUGAGGCUGGUCGAGACACCGAUGAUACGGACCCGUAUGUCUGCUUCCGUAGGCGUGAGGUGCGGCAGACGCGCAAGACCCGUGGCAGGGAUGCGCAGAGUGCCGAUAAGCUGAGGAGACUCAGGAAGGAGCUGGAAGAUGCUCGACAGAUGGUCGCUUUGGUGCGCCAACGCGAGCUAGCGAGGAAGGAGAUGCUGGCCAUCGAACGCCAAGUGUUCUUGCAGAGAUCGGAGGUCAAGGAGAUGAAGAGGAAGCUCAACAUCAAGGACGAUGAUGAAGACCUCAUCAACCAGAAGGUGAGCCCUAUGCAGUCUCGCGACCGUCUGCUUCACAUGCUGAUGACUCUGCAACAGCCGAAGAAGAAGCCUGUAGAAGCACCAGCUGUGCAACGCCCGGCUGCGCCUCAACUGCGUAUGCCCCCCAAGGCUGGUACACAAGCUGCAGAAGACCUACAGCUGUUGGAGGAUGUUCAGGCAGAGAAGGAGAACGAGAUUCAGCGCGACAUCAAGCAGAAUAUCGCCAAGCACGUCAAGUGGAACGAGGGCUAUGUGGAUUUCACAAGAGCACCACUCUCCCCGUCGCCAGAGCGAACUUUCGAUGCUGCUUCUUUCCGCCCUGCAAUCACCACUCAACUGCCCACGCCGCCAUCAUCGGAAUCGUCCGAUAAUAUGCUGGAUUCGCCCUUAGAUACCACGAGUGCCAUUGCUCUCCGAGAUAAAUUAGCUCCACAUGCCAUGGAAUUGAGUGUGGACACCAGCAAGAUGCCCUCGUUCAGACGACGUAUCGGGCGCGGCGGUCGUUUGUGGAUCGAUCGUCGAAAUCUGGUGUCCCGUUGUAGAGUCGAAAUGGACCCGUGGAAGGCCGAUCGGUUCAAGUAUGAUCAGGAGGACUCGGACGAGGAUCUCGAAUUUGAAGGAGACCAGUACGAUAUCCAGAUCAUGCAGCAUCGGGCCAUCAUGGCAGCCAAAGCCCGAGACCAAGCAGCGGCGGCAGCUCAAGCCCAUGCGCAGGCGCAGGCUCAACAAGCACAGGCUCAAGCUCAGGCUCAACGGCGAUUGCAGGCCGAGCAGACAUCGGCGACCAAUCCACCAAGCGGAGGGCAAACCAUGGGAUCCAAUCCCGGGCCUGGCGCCAUUGCCUCCACUUCAGAGACCUAAGCUGGCCUUUGUUCUUCUCCCCUCUCUCUUCCCUUCCGAUUAUGUUUUUAAUCUUUCACCCCAUGUUUCGCAUCUGGCCGGCGUUGUUCUUUCGACAUAUUCUCUUACCCUCACUUGUACUUUUACCCCUUGGACGUCCUGAUUCUUUACCCCAUACCCCGAAUAUUUUUUCUUUCCGGAGCGCUGCAAAGCGUUCGACCCUCAGGAUGAUGUUGCCGGAUGAUGCUUUGUUUAUGACAUGACCCUGGUAUUAUGCGAAAGUUAGUGUACAUAGCCAGUUUUUGUCCUCUUUUUUCUUUUCUUUUCAGCCGAGCAGUCGAUAGACUCGUGU